CAUUUGACUCUCGGCUGUUUCUCCACCCGUUCCGGUCUUACCAGUUCAUCGUGUCUGGAGAUCUCGCCGGCGUGAUGAACUCAUUCACCGGAUCCGGAUCGCAGCGAGCCGCCUCAUCUUCCUCCUCUACCACCGUCUCCUUUGAUUCGUACCAAUUCGACUUCGGCAUCGGCUCCGGCAGCUCCUCAUCCUCUCGCCCACUCAAGGACCAAAAGCUAAACCCUAACGCCGUCCCAUCGAAUCCCCUAUUUACAUCCUCAAAGCCGUCCGCUCCAUCAUGGACUUCCUCGCCGGCGACGAGGCCCUCGUGGACUCACCAACCGGCAACCGCUUCCCGAUCUGGCCUUCCAAAUCCUGCUCCCUUGGUGGGUGACAUAUUUGGGCGAAGUUGGACCUCAUCGGCAGCUUCCACCUCCAAGCUGGGAAUUCAAGACAAGAAUCCCAAUCUCUUCGGCGAUUUAGUUGGAUCGGCACUGGGCCAGGGCCGCUCAUCACAGAACGUUCCGAUCAAGUCGGCUCCGCCAAAGAAUUCAUCCUUCUCUAUGGCCGAUCUGAAGAGCUCCAUCCCCAAAACAAGUAGCCCUAACCCCAAUUCAACUGGAAGCUACACCUUCUUCAAUAAAUCUCGCCCUGAUAUAGGGUCUUCGAUGAAAUCGGAUCACGCUUCGAACUCUAAACCGGAUUCCUUUGGUUCAUUUACAGGCUUUGCAUCGAAGCCCUCUUCCAGCGUGCCAUUAUCCGCAGCAAAAUCCUCCGUAAGCGGUGGUGGUAAGGGUUCUUUUGGUUCUUUCCAGAAUGUUCCGACGGCUCAAAAGCCCCAACAGAGCAGCGGUAGCAACGAUUAUUCUUUCGGGGGUUUCCAGAACGCUAGAACUGAUGACUCUGGAGUGCCAAAAACGGCGGGAGAUGGAUCUGACCCGUUCAAUGUGUUUUUCUCCCCAUUGUCAUCAUCAACUACUCCAGUUGGAGUUUCGCUAGAAACUCAAACGAUCCCUGAGAUGCAUGAUUGGGAUGUUGGUUUAGAAAUCGGUGGCCAUGACACUGCCGGCACAACUACAGAGCUUGAAGAGCUUCCUCCUCCACCGGUUGGGGUCACGGCGUCGGCUGCCAAGAUGAAAGGUUUGGAUAUUUACAAACAGGGCCAGUUUGCCGAUGCAAUAAAAUGGCUUUCUUGGGCGCUUGUGCUGUUGGAGAAAUCUGGGAACCCGGCUUCUUCCAACGAGGUAUUGACUUGCAGAGCUUCAUGUUACAAAGAAGUUGGCGAAUAUAAGAAAGCCAUUGCUGAUUGCUCGAAGGUGCUGGAUCACGAUAAAACCAACGUCUCUGUGCUUCUGCAACGUGCUCUCCUUUAUGAGAGCUCUGAGAAGUACAGGCUUGGUGCUGCUGAUUUGAGGGCAGUUCUUAAGAUCGAUCCUGGUAAUAGACUCGCGAAGAGUACCAUACACCGACUGACUCAGUUUGCUGACUGAUUGAAAGAUUUAUCUAAGAAGUUUUACAUACAUACCACUCAAUUCCUAUGUAUUUACAUAUCUAACACCUAAACUUGAAAUUUUGCAUACAUUCUACCUUAACUAUGCAUGAGAAGGGAUAUUUUACGAUUUAAAAAGUUAUAAUGGCAAUAUUUUUUAUGUGAUAUGAAAUUUUGGAUGGUAUAAA